AUGAAUUCCGUCGAUGCUUCCGAGCACUACGAGCUCGGCGCCAUCGAUCUCGCCCCCUCUCUCCUUACGGUCGUCAUUGACACAAACCCACACGCCUGGGCAGCUUUAGAAGAUUCCCUCCCAUUAUCCAAAGCGGUCGCAAACAUUCUCGUCUUCAUCAACGCCCACCUUGCCUGCAACUACGCAAACGAAGUCGCCGUCGUCGCAUCCCACAGCCAAAAAGCAGCAUGGCUAUACCCAGUCCCAAACUCAACCUCAGACCGUGAGGGAGACAUCACAAUGAACGCCAACGGCGCCCCCGCACAAAUGAACAAAUACCGCCCGUUCCGCGUGGUCGAAGAACAAGUAACCCGACGCUUAAAGGACCUAAUGGACUCAACGAGUAGCGAUGAUCUCAAGGGGAAUACAUCCACCAUGCUAGCUGGCGCAUUGACACUCGUACUCAGCCACAUCAACAGGCGCACGAUAGCCUGGGCGGAAGAGCACGGCGGCGCAAGUCUAGAAGAUGCAGCUGAUUCAGGCGCGGGAAGCGGUGCGAAUCGAUACUCUGCGUCGAAUGACGACGAGCGACUCCAGAGCCGUAUUCUGAUCGUCUCCGUUAGCGGGUCCAGUGACUCUGCACACCAGUACAUCCCUGUCAUGAACAGUAUCUUCGCCUGCCAGCGCCUGCAAAUCCCCAUCGACGUGUGUAAACUCAGUGGUGAUGCGGUCUUUUUACAACAGGCCUGCGACGCCACGAAAGGCAUAUACAUGGCUCUUUCCGAACCGCGCGGGCUACUACAGUAUUUGAUGAUGGCAUUCCUGCCAGACCAGCGCUCCCGUCGACAUCUUGUUCUCCCGACGAGGGAGGAUGUGGAUUUCCGAGCGGCUUGUUUCUGUCAUCGGAGAGUGGUUAAUAUUGGCUUUGUCUGCUCUAUCUGCUUGAGCAUCUUCUGUGAAGCUCCUCCUGGUGGUGCGUGUCUCACUUGUGGGACAGAGCUGGACAUAGGCGAGUAUGAUGUUAAGCCUGCUCUCAUGAAAAGGAAGAAGAAAAAGAAGAAGCCGGCUAAUGGGACCUCGGCGGCGGGGACGCCUGUGUCGACACCGACGCCGGGACCAUGA